CCAACUGGGUGAUGUCAUCUCGACAAAGUACGUAGAAGUACGCAGCCAUUUUGUUAGCUAGCUCGAGGUUACAGAGGUUAGCUGUGUACUGUUGCAAAUAUUAUCUGCGGUUUACGAUUUCGUACUUAUAUCUUACAGAAAAAAGAUACAUUGUCGUUGUUGUUAUUUGCGUACAAUCUUCGGUCACACGCUCGUAGACAAAAGGUGGGCUCGUGUGUUUGUUACGGGAAAACGAGCGCGAAACUGGAUGGUCAUUCAUUUUCCAAGCCGUCUUGAGUUUGCUAGCUUGUUAGCUAACGUUAGCUGGCUAACUUGUUUACGCGUGGUGUGAGCCGAGAAGAACACAUAUACAGUAUUUAUAGCUGCAAGCUAUUGAAUAUUAGAUAGUUGUUGAGUGAGUGUUAACGUUACACACAGUUUGUCUGUCUGCGUUUGACUACCCUUGCAUUUCAUUUGCGUCACCCACUUAAGUCAACUUCAGCGACGACCGACGCUACAAACUCGUGUGCAUCAUCUGCUGCUUCCACUCGGGCCAGCGCUCAGCCAUUUAGACACCAUGUCAGAGUUGUACAUUCGUGUGGCUGAGGAUGAAAACGAAGAGCCCAUGGAGAUCCCUUCAGAGGACGAUGGGACUAUUUUGCUGUCCUCGGUAGCAGCACAGUUUCCAGGGGCGUGCGGGCUGCGGUACAGGAACCCAGAGUCCCAGUGCAUGAGGGGAGUCCGGCUGGUGGAGGGUGUCCUGCAUGCACCUGAGAACGACUGGGGAAGCUUGGUCUAUGUCGUUAAUUACCCCAAAGAUAACAAAAGGAAGAUGGAAGAAAUAGACGCUGCCUCAGCUGUAAAAGUAAAAAGGGGCUUUCAGAAGACGUCAGAUCUCAUUGUCCUCGGGCUGCCGUGGAAAACAACAGAACAAGACUUGAAAGAUUAUUUCACUACCUUUGGGGAGGUCAUUAUGGUGCAGGUCAAGAGAGAUGUAAAGACUGGCAACUCGAAAGGAUUUGGGUUUGUCCGGUUCACUGAGUAUGAGACACAAACCAAAGUGAUUGCUCAGAGACACAUGAUUGAUGGACGAUGGUGUGACUGCAAACUUCCCAACUCAAAGGCGUUUCCUGAUGAGCCCAUGCGGAGCCGUAAAAUCUUUGUUGGCCGCUGUACAGAGGACAUGACAACCGACGAACUGAGGCAGUACUUCAUGCAGUAUGGCGAAGUCACUGAUGUCUUCAUCCCCAAACCGUUCCGGGCAUUUGCAUUUGUCACAUUUGCUGAUGACCAGGUUGCCCAAGCCCUGUGUGGAGAGGACUUGAUCAUCAAGGGCAUCAGCGUGCACAUCUCCAAUGCUGAGCCCAAACACAAUAAUAUUCACCAACUCUUUCCCAAUUUCCCGGGAGGAAGCGCCUCAUUGGCAGCAAUGUUCGACAGAUCUCAGUAUCAAUUCCCCUCUUCCCAUGUGUAAAUGCUUUGCCAUCAAAGAACACAGCUUCACUCUGCAUAUACUGUGUUAGACGGUGGGUGUUGUCUUUUUUUCCUCUCCCCUUUUUUAUGGAUAUAGAAAUCUUGUCUGCUCUUGUUGCUUUUCAAGAUCAAUGAGUGGGAUUGGUGUUGGACCGAGUGAGAGUGAGCGAACGGGAGAGCAAAAUGAAAGAAGUGUGAGAUGGACUGUUUGUGCAGAUUUUUUUUUUUUUAAAGAGACAUGCCUGCGAGAGUUGAGAAAAACCUGUGGCUUUGUGCGAGUGUGAGAGGAAGAAGCAAGUAUGAGUGUGUCCCUAAUGACCAUCACAAGGACAUUCUCUGCUUUUUCUCAUUGUUUCUAUCUUUAAUUCUUUAAACACACAGUGAAAUGUCAAGUGCUAUGAAUAUUUGUACCUUUUUCGUAGCUUUCUCUUGCUGUCUGAUUUGAUGUGAAUGCUUUGUCUGGUUGUGUGCUUUUAUUUUUUUCUCCUUGUUAGCACCCUCUGUGUGAAAAUGUGACUUUGUGCUGGUGGAGUCUGUGUGGGCAAAAACACUGAAAGUGUGACGUUUGAGGUUGAUGUGGUGAAUGUUUGACAAGAUCCCAUUGAAAGUUUGUGUUUGAAGUGGUUACGAAUGCAUUUUCUAUGUUUUGUGACUCAAAGGGAAGUCUGAAAUAAAACUGAAUUUGACUAGGUAUAAUACACUCUU